AUGCCCGGCAGCCGGAGACCCCUAAGCCUGCGCUCAAAGUGGGUCCAAGAUUUUGUGUUUUAUCUGGUGUGCGACAGCCAAAACUCAGGGCUGGGAAGUUGCUCCUACAGCCCCCUCCACAAGAGUAUGGCCACAUUCAUGGAUGGGAAUCUGUACACAGGCAUAUACGUGAACUUCAUCGGCAGUGACCCUGCCAUCUUCCGCGCCACGGAGCACCUCCCGACCCUCCGCUCUGACCGGUACAACAGCUUCUGGCUCAACGCUCCCGAGUUCCUGAAGGCCUUCAAGAUCUCAGACAGCAUCAACCGCAAUGAUGACAAACUCUACUUCUUCUUCCGGGAGAAAGCAAUCCGAGGCUUACCAGAACCGACCGUACUUGCUCUUGUCGGUCGCGUUUGCUUGAAUGACAUCGGAGGGCGGUACCCGCUGAUAAACAAAUGGACGACGUUCCGGAAGGGCCGGCUACUGUGUUUUGUGACCGAGAAGGAUGGCAGGAAGACCUUUGUCAGCCAACUCCAGGAUGUCUUCAUCCAUCCUGUCGAUGACAAGAGAGACCCUCUAAUCUAUGGCAUCUUCACCACCCCUAGGUACAGCCUGAGGCUGCUCCCCUCAGAAGGACCCUCCGCCACAGACUCCCGCUCAGUUCUCCCUAGCCUGUCCUCCUGUCCCUAUUGAGUCACCAAAGCGUGUCACCUGAGAAGCAGGUGACACACCUGAGAAGCACCUGAGAAGUAGUGGCUCAGUAGAAAGAGCCCAGGCUUUGGAGCCAGAGGUCACGGGUUCAAAUUCCAGCUCCGCC